CGGGCAGAACCUCCUAUAUAAGGGGCUAAUUGAACAAUUUAAGUUAGUUCAUGUACCUAUUUGAUGCUGGAACUUGAAUAGUUGAAUAAGAUGCUGGAACUUAGCUAAAAAUAUAAUAUGUGUGUUGGGAUAUAUUAUCCCGGCCUAUUACUGUUCAGGAGCCCAAGACAUUAUCCAGUACGGAGCCCGAGCAGCUAGGUCCGUUUCGGCCCAUUCUGGCCCGCUUUGGCCAUUGGGCCCGACAUCGGCCCGUUUGGCCCAUUAGGGUGGAGUACUUCCCUCCCCCUAUUCCCUAUUUAUAGGAGGUUUUCCCUCCAUGUUUAGGGAGCCUUUUUGAUUCCCUUUUCCUUAGCUUAUUCUUCUCCCUUCUCUCUAGCUAGCUUACAAUACUCCAUUAAGGGGAGCUCAAAUUGUACUAUGUAAUGGUGAGGAGAGUCCUAAUGAGAAAGAGAAGGCUUGGACAUUAGCCUAAAAAGUCCCGCGGUUUUCUCCCUUUUGGGUUUCCACGUAAAAAUAGCUUGUUCAUACACAUUUAUACAUAUAUUUACUAUAUCGUGUUGGAUUAAACUCAACACUGGCGCCGUCUGUGGGAAUCUUGUUCAAAAAGAUUCAUGUUGUUCUACAAAUUUAUUCAAAGAUUCAACUGUGUUCACCAAAAAGGAAGAUGAUAUGAGUAGAAGGAUCUGGGAUUUAGAUCUGGAUCUUCAGAAAAGGAAAGAGGGGAAAAGCUAAGAAGUUUGGAAGUGAAACUCGGAAUUUUCUCAGUGCUGGACCGGGGCCGCCGGAGCCGCCGUCACUGUCCCUGACCGCCGUGAACCCGCCGUUGUGUUCACCUGCGGCAGAAGAGGCUCGCUGCGGCGCCCAAGAUCUCGCGACACCUGCAACACGGUAGCCCGUCGCGCGCAGCUACCUACACUCGCAAAGUCCCGCGCCGCUGCUCGCCGUCAGGAACCAACCGCAAGCCAAUCCUCCACCUGGUCCGAGAAUCCGGGUCUGUGAGACCGUGAGAGCCUCCACCGCCCUGCCGACGCAACUUGAGAGCUCAGGGAGGGGGCCAGAACCUAGCCACAAAAGUUGUCCUUGCGCUGCGACCACCAUAUCCACCGGCAAAAAGUGGCCGGCAUACAAGCUGCGUCCUAGUGGUUAGAAGGGUACUCCACCUGCCUUCUCUGGAAGAUACACCGUAUAUAACGUAUAUGGCCCUCGGCAAACCACGUCCGCAAAUUUGGGACCAAGUAACGUGAGGCCAGUGUAUGGAAGAAUUGACCAAGCUUUAUCUCCAAUCCAGCUGGCCGAAGCUUCAUCUCCAAAAGCUAAGUGCCACUAACUCAAUUUACUAGUUAUUGACGUAUUAGAAUAAUACAACAUGAUUAAUAUUGCUAGUAUUUUUAUCACCAUUAUUUAUUAGGGAGUAAAACUCCCGAAAUUAAGUAAUGAGAGCGAUGCUCUAAGUGAUAAUUAGUUUCACCGUCAUUUAAAUUUAAUGACUGGUUGUUGUGAGCCUGUGGGCCCACUCCGGUUUGGCUUUAGUUAGCGAACGGAGCAUACCUGAGUGGCCUUUGAUAGGAUAAUAUCAUUGCUAUUACAUGUUAUAUCACUAUUAUUUAUUAGGGAUAAAAUGUCCCGAAUUAAAUAAUGCUGAGCGAGGCUCAAGUGAUGGUUAGUUCAGCUAACAUUUUACUAAAUAUUUAAUUUCUUGAGGGCCCGAUGGCCCACUCUCGAUCAGCUUGAUUAAGCGAUCCGAGCGUCUGCAGGGGGCAGUGCCCCGACGACGCAUUUCUAUUUGGGGAUUACGCGUUAGUCCGCGCGACACCAAGUGCCCGGUCGACGAUUGUAUCCUAGUAUCAUCUGUGCCGCUAGGCGCAAAGUGACUAUUGCCAAACGCGGCCUGUGGGGCCCGAGGGCACCCAAGCAUUCAACCUCGUUUGCCGAGGAUAGUGCGACCAGCUUGGGUCUGAGUUUGAAAACUCACAGACCGAUGAGUAUUUUUAUGGGACGUUCGGCAGGCUGCUAAAAGGCCCCGCCGCAAGCUGCUACGUCCAACAACCCCGCACGAUGAGCCGGGCCGAGGGUCGCGAUAACCAUAGGCCGGUAAUCGUGGAUGUUGAAAAAAGGAGGCCACACAGAUGGCUAUAUGUGUAUAUAUUGUCGGGCCGAACGGCCCGUUACCAUGUUAGUUAUGCAGUCAAGGUCGCUUGAUGCACUCGAGCAAAAGAUUAAAAGACGCUCGGCCCGAGUCUUGAAGACGUUCAGGGCCAGCUAAAGUGGAGACCAUCACGGCUGAGAGCCGAUGGACGAGCAUCUCCACCCAGAGGUCGAGGGCCUAGAGGAGACCACCACGGUCGAGAACCGUUGGACGAGCAUCUCCACCCCAGAGACCGAUGGCCUAGGAAGAACACCUAGAGGCCGAGGGUCUAGAGGCGAAUGCCAUGACAGAGAACCGUGAGACGAUCACCCGUCAUUCAGAGGCCGAGGGCCUAGAAGAGAUCGUCACGGCCGAGGGCCGUCUGACGCCAUCAUUACAUCAUGACCGGCCCCUCGGCACGACAUGAUCAUCAUAUUUGAAGAUCGGCCUCGUCCCCGCACUGCGCGGAUGAGGACCGUUGCUUGAUUUCAGGUUGGCCUCUCAUUGCCGACACCAUUAUAUCACGACCGGCCUCCCGGCACGACAUGCUCAUCAUAUUUAUAGACCGGCCUCAUCCCCGCACUGUGCGGAUGAGGACCGUUGUCUGGAUUUCAGGUCGGCCUAUCAUCGCCGACAUCAUUAUAUCACGACCGGCCUCUCGGAUCGGCGUGCUUAUCUUUAGAAGACCGGCCUCGUCCCCGCGCAGCGCGGAUGAGGACUGUUGACCGGAUUCUUUCAGGUUGGCCUCUCAGUGCCGACAUCAUUACAUCACGACCGGCCUCUCGGACCGGCGUGAUUAUCAUAUUCGAAGACCGGCCUCGUCCCCGCGCUGCGCGGACGAAUACCGUUGCUGGAUUUCUUUCAGGUCGGCCUCUCAUCGCUGACAUCAUUAUAUCACGACUGGCCUCUCGGACCGGCGUGAUUAUCAUAUUCGAAGACCGGCCUCGUCCCCGCCACCUCGCGGACGAGGACCGUUGUUUGACCAUAUCUUGAUCGGCAUCUCAUUGCCGACAUUAUCGUACCACGACCGGCCCCUCGGCUCGGCGUGUUCAUCUUUUGAAGACCAGCCUCGUCCCCGUGCUGCGUGGAUGAGGACCGUUGCUUGGUUUUUUCAUGUCGGCCUCUCAUUGCCGACACCAUUAUGUCACGACCGACCUCCCGGCUCGGUGCGCUUCCCAUAUUAGAAGACCGGUUUCAUCCCCGCUCCUCGCGGAUGACGACCGUUGCUUAUUUUCUUAGAUCGGCCUCUCAUUGCCGAUACCGUUAUAUCACGACCGGCCUAUCGGCUCGGCGUGCUUUCCAUAUUUGAAGACCGGCCUCGUCCCCUCACUGCACGGAUGAGAGCCGUUGCUGGAUUGCAGGUCGGCCCCUCAUUGCCAACACUGCCACAUCAUGUUCGGCCUCUCAUCGCCGACAUCAUCAUACCACGACCGGCCUCUCGGCUCGGCGUGCUUAUCUUUUGAAGACCGGCCUUGUCCCCGCUCCUCGCGGAUGAGGGCCGUUGCUUGGCUCUGUCAGAUCGGCCUCUCAUUGCCGACAUCAUUAUAUCACGACCGGCCCCCCGGCUCGGCGUGUUUUCCAUACUUGAAGAACGGCCUCGUCCCCGCUCCUCGCGGAUGAGGGCCGCUGAUUAUCUCUCUUUGGAUCGGCCCCAGCGCCGACGUCAUACAUGGCCACCGACCUCCUGGUACGGUGCCACCAUCAUAUUUGAAGACCGGUUUCAUCCCUGCGCUGCGUGGAUGAGAGCCGUUGCUCGGAUAUAUCGGCCUGACCGGACACUAUUGCCAUCUCCUCAUCAGGACCGACUGCUCAGCGACAUUAUGAUCAUUGUUUGUCGGCUCCCUAUGCCGACCCUCUUGAGUUUGCGAUCGGGCUCACGACUCCCCUCCAGGAGGGUGACCAUCGCCUUCGCACGACGACAAGCUAUUCUAUCGCCUCAUCAUUAUAUUCGUUCGCUAUGCCACCACCAUUAUGUGUGACAUCCCGUGAUCCCUGUGAGUUUCUUGGAUACCGAAUGUCUUCUUCGAUGUAGGAAGAUCGGUAGGACCACAGACCAGGGACGAACUAAGAAGAGCUAGGGAAUCUCGAUGUAGAUAAACCCGUUCCUCCUUGCGAGUUUCGCGGAUACCGAACGUCUCUUCGAAGCAAGAGCGCCUGUAGGACCAAGAACCAAGGACGAACGAAGAAUAUAGAUUGCCUCCCUCAAACAAAAAAAAAACAAAAAAAAAAAAGAUGGGGAGAAGAGGAGGGUAGCUCCUAUGUGGAAGGGAAUCUUGCCCGGGCGUGCCAGAUCUUCUCCCACCGCCGAAGACGAACGCCUCUCGAUGUAGAGGUUAGUAGAGACGCGGAGGGGGCUAGACGAACCAAGGGAGCUUUGCCAAGAUAAACCUGUUUAUCCCACAAUGACCAUGGAUCGAUGGACGUGGGAUAACAAAGUCGGGAACCCGUGAGGGUAAACCAGUUCGUCCCUGCGAGUUCCUUGGGUACCGAACGUCUUCUUCGAAGCAAGAGAUGCCGGUAAGACUAAAAGGACCACGGACGAACAAAAAAAGGGGGAAUCUCGAUGUAGAUAAACCUGUUCCUCCUUGCGAGUUUCGAGGAUACCAGACGUCUCUUUGAAGUAAGGACGCUGGUAGGACCAAGAACCAAGGACGAAAGAAGACUAAAAGACUCCAAAAAAAAAAAGAUGCCAGAAGAGCACGGAGCAAAGAAUGAUUUUAUCCCUCGGCGCUAUUGGCCGGGAAGUACAAACUGAAAAACAUAUGUAAAGAAUAAUUACAAAACUUAAGUACGAAGAAUGAAGUGGCCGACGACGAUCGGCUAACAUCAGGUUUUCUUUUGCCUCAAACGACGAUUAGCCCCCCAGAUCAGGUAGAAGGGACAUCGCCCAGAUUUAUUUCAGGCUCACCAUUCCUUCCCGGAUGGAGUCCUGGUAGACAAUCGGCUUCUCACAGCCAAUCAGGAUAGAGACUUGACACAUCGCCAGCACGGCCGAGGGCCGUGAGACGAUUACCACUCACCGACAGGCCGAGGGCCAUGAGAUGAUCAUCACUAUUUUUCUGUAUCACGAUCGGCUUCUCAGCGCCAUCGUGUCUCUUUCACGUUCGGAUCGCCCCAUUCCCUCCAGGAUGGCUACGAACGUCUUAUGCAGUGCGAUCGGCCCCUCAGCGCCAUCAUACCUGGCUUCACGGUUCGGCUCGCCCAUUCCCUUCAAGAUGGCGACGACCGUCUUAUGCAGUACGAUCGGCCCCUCAGCGCCAUCGUACCCAGCUCACGUUCAGCUCGUCCAUCCCUUCCAGGAUGGCGACGAACGUCUUAUGCAUCACGAUCGGCCUCUCAGCGCCAUCGUGUCUCUUUCACGUUCGGAUCACCCCAUUCCCUCCAGGACGGCGACGAACGUCUUAUGCAGUGUGAUCGGCCCCUCAGCGCCAUCGUACCUGGCUUCACGGUUCGGCUCGCCCAUUCCGUUCAGGAUGGCGACGACCGUCUUAUGCAGUACGAUCGGCCCCUCAGCGCCAUCGUACCCAGCUCACGUUCAGCUCGUCCAUCCCUUCCAGGAUGGCGACGAACGUCUUAUGCAUCACGAUCGGCCCCUCAGCGCCAUCGUGUCCCACGGUUCGGCUCGCCCAUUCCCUCCAGGAUGGCGACGACCGUCUUAUGCAGCACGAUCGGCUUCUCAGCGCCAUCGUGUCUCUUUCACGUUCGGAUCGCCCCAUUCCCUCCAGGACGGCGACGAACGUCUUAUGCAGUGCGAUCGGCCCCUCAGCGCCAUCGCACUUGGCUUCACGGUUCGGCCCGCCCAUUCCCUCCAGGAUGGCGACGACCGUCUUAUGCAGCACGAUCGGCUUCUCGGUGCCAUCGUGUCUCUUUCACGUUCCGAUCGCCCAUUCCCUCCAGGAUGGCGACGACCGUCUUAUGCAGUGCGAUCGGCCCCUCAGCGCCAUCGUACUUGGCUUCACGGUUCGACUCGCCCAUUCCCUUCAGGAUGGCGACGAACGUCUCAUAUGCAGCACGAUCAGCGCCCCAGUGCCAUCGUGUCUGGCUCACGUUAGGGUCGCCUAUCCCUUUCAGGAUGGCGACGAACGUCUCUUAUGCAGCACGAUCAGCGCCCCAGCGCCAUCGUGUCUGGCUCACGUUAGGGUCGCCCAUCCCUUUCAGGAUGGCGACGAACGUCUCUUUAUGCAGCACGAUCAGCGCCCCAGCGCCAUCGUGUCUGGCUCACGUUAGGGUCGCUCAUCCCUUUCAGGAUGGCGGCGAACGUCUCUUAUGCAGCACGAUCAGCGCCCCAGCGCCAUCGUGUCUGGUUCACGUUAGGGUCGCCCAUCCCUUCCAGGAUGGCGACGAACGUCUCUUUAUGCAGCACGAUCAGCGCCCCAGCGCCAUCGUGUCUGGCUCACGUUAGGGUCGCUCAUCCCUUUCAGGAUGGCGGCGAACGUCUCUUAUGCGGCACGAUCAGCGCCCCAGCGCCAUCGUGUCUGGUUCACGUUAGGGUCGCCCAUCCCUUCCAGGAUGGCGACGAACGUUUCUUUAUGCAGCACGAUCAGCGCCCCAGCGCCAUCGUGUCUUGCUCACGUUAGGGUCGCCCAUCCCUUUUAGGAUGGCGACGAACGUCUCUUAUGCAGCACAUCUGCCCCUCGGCGCUGACAUGCCCGGUUUAUCGACGAGAGCCACCGCUUUCUAUCACAUCUCACAUUCCUUCUCUCUUACAUUGCACCCAUACAUUACAUGCAUUCAUGCAUUCAUGCAUCAUACCUCAUACAUUCAUACAUACACUUAUACACACGUGCGUCAUGUUUGACAGUACCGCGACGUCGGUUUAUAGAUGCAUGGACCUCUGAGCUUCUCCGUUGGAAAGCUCAAGUCAGAGUCCUUUACUCUUGCCUGAUGCAUUCAGGGGGAGCGUGCCCGUGGAGGAGCACCCUUCGCCCGACCCCGUCGGGAAGGGGGGUGUCUCACCGGCAGGUUACGUUCAGGAGUGUGGACAUCCACUCAUAUGUUAUGAUUAUUCGAAGACACAGGUUCCAGCUAGACAGAGGCAGAGCGCAGGCAAGGAUAUACUUUCUCGAGCAGAUUCGCGCACUCACUACUCAAGAAACUGGGGGACUUGUGUUGGGAUAUAUUAUCCCGGCCUAUUACUGUUCAGGAGCCCAAGACAUUAUCCAGUACGGAGCCCGAGCAGCUAGGUCCGUUUCGGCCCAUUCUGGCCCGCUUUGGCCAUUGGGCCCGACAUCGGCCCGUUUGGCCCAUUAGGGUGGAGUACUUCCCUCCCCCUAUUCCCUAUUUAUAGGAGGUUUUCCCUCCAUGUUUAGGGAGCCUUUUUGAUUCCCUUUUCCUUAGCUUAUUCUUCUCCCUUCUCUCUAGCUAGCUUACAAUACUCCAUUAAGGGGAGCUCAAAUUGUACUAUGUAAUGGUGAGGAGAGUCCUAAUGAGAAAGAGAGGGCUUGGACAUUAGCCUAAAAAGUCCCGUGGUUUUCUCCCUUUCGGGUUUCCACGUAAAAAUAGCUUGUUCAUACACAUUUAUACAUAUAUUUACUAUAUCGUGUUGGAUUAAACUCAACAAUGUGUAUUUAUUUAUUGUUAUUUUUAGUUAUAUCUCCUUUACUACA